AUUAUGUUAGAAGCUUUAAAUUGGUAAUUUCAGUAUGCCUGAAAAUUAAUUUUGUAGUCUACUAACCGUGAGUACGAUUAAGUGUGCCCCUCGUUGUGCUCUCUUUGUACUCAGUCAAAUCGAUUGCUCUUAGGUAUUGGCAAACACCGUUGUUCUUCGCUCGCCGCUUACGCAGUUAAACCAGCUUUUUUUUUAAAUUAUAUAUCACUUUGUGCUUGAUGUUUUUGUUACUGUAUUUCGUUGACUACUUCUUCUUGUUUUCCUUUUUAUGAUUAUUAUUGCUGCCUAGUUCAUUUGACAUUGCGCUACUCAAUGCUCUAAUCGCUUAUUAACGCGCUUUUGUUGCGAAUUCAAGUAUAACCGUCGGCUUGUCACAACGUUACAGUGGUUACCCACAAUUCAGAUGCGGCAUUACAAUACGGGGGGAAAUGUGCUGAACAUUGUAGGCGAAGCUACUAAUGUAACGACUAGCUGAGUGCCUGUGGCGUCUGCAUUAUUGGGGCUGUUAUUACACGAGCACACUCCGAUCAAACAGAAGGCGAGCCAUAAAAGCAUUCUACGUACAUUCCAGCUACCUACAAACAACAGAUGCAAUGCGCGCGCUCUCUCGUACUCUUUGCGGUGGACUGUUUAUCUGCCUUGACUGGUGCGCCUUUAUUCUCUUGCAUUUGCAGCUACAGAGCAACACAUAUACUUAUAUAGAGAUAUGUAAAUAUGUACUAUUGGCCUUACUCCAAAGCGUUCAUAACGCCACGGUAAACGCUCCGCUGAUGUUGUUGUCAGUCGUCAAGCUGUUGAUUCUGUUACCGUACUGUUAUGGCGCUGUACACUAUUCAGCCUUCCGCCUGCUUUCCGUCUGUCAGUUGAAAUCAGUCGGUUUGCCACAAUCAGCCGAACCAAACAGUCAAUUGACGGGUAGACUACAGUUCAGUUCACUGUGAACGUGAGAACCGUGUGGACGUGCUUCGAAAUAAACGCGGAACGUUUGUUUUCACCACAAGUACUAAACGCCAACUAGCUAGAGCUCUAUCUGUCUACAACAAAAGCAAUAAUUUUGAAGAGACUCUCGCUUACAUGAAAAGCAAGAGCCACACACAGACUCACGGCAUCAGCACAACAACAACAAACAAAUACAAAUGCAUUACUAGCGAAUGAACGGUGGUAGUAAUAACAAUAGCUGAACUGUAACUGAACAAUGUAAUCAUAAUUAAUUAAUUGUGUGUUGAUAAUAAAACUACAACAACAAGAACAUGCUAAAUUGUAUAAAAAAAUCUAUUGUAACUAUUUUUUGUAAAAUUAAUUAAGUGCAUAAUUGUUAAAAUUAUUGACAAAUAAACGCAAAAAUUUGCAACAAACAAAAACAAUAGUAAUAAAAAAAACUAAGAGAAAGCAAGAAUUAAAAAUUUGUGUAAAUUAUAUUUUGUAUAUACUAUAUUCAGAGCGUUUGUGCAAUUGUUUAUAGUAAUUGUAAACGUACUACCUGCAAUUAAAAAUAUAACAUUUACAAAUAAACAUAAAUCAAACAUUGCAAUACAUCAAAAAGCCAAAGCGUGAAAAUUCAAAAGGCCGUGGAUUAUUUUGAAUUUUCAACGUUAUGAAUAAAUGUAUGUUAGCAAAUUAAAAAAGUAACAAUUUGUACAACACAAAACAUUAAAGUAAAUAAUUUUUUUUUAUUGUGUAAAAAUCAAGUGCAUUUUAAAAAUUAAUAAAACAGAAAUACAUACAUACAUACAUAUUAUUGACUACUAAUUAAGUGACUAAACGUCCAUUACAUUGAAGCAGUCACAGCGCACAACCAACCGCAACCAUACCCAUUAGCAGAUAAAAUAGUGGGCUUGUGAUUUAUUUGCAUAGCAAUAAAUAAAAAAAAUUUAAAAAAAUAACAGUAGUGUAGGAAUUUUGGCAGCAUAUUUUUGUGAAAUAGACAAGUGCAAUAAACUACACGCGUGUUAAUUGAAUAGUGUGCACUAUUAAAAAUUGAAAAAUUAUCAAGAAAUUAAAAUUUCAAAUCACAUUAAAAACUGUAUAAUAAAAAAUUUAAUAAAAAAAAUUAACUAACAUUUUGUGAAAGUGUUUUUUACAACAGAAUCUUGCAAAGCGAGAAAAGAUCUGUGUGAUUUAAAUUAAAAUUGAAUAAUUCAGUGACAAAACUUCACAAACACGUACAUACACACAUAAAAGGCCAAAGCUAAAAACAAAACAAAUCAGCAAUCUGCCACAGUUGCAGCAACAGCAAAACAAAAAAAUUAUUAAGUGGAAAUAAAUUGUGGUUUGCCUUGCAACAGACAAGAGAAGCAGAAGCACCAGCGACGGCGGCAGCCAACUAACAACAAAUUGCAAUUGCAGUGAUCUAUCAUAGCAACAAACACAUAAGAAGCCAAACGUUACAACAAGCACGCAGGCAAGAACACACACGCGGCAGCCAAGUGGUUGAACAAGUUUUUCUGCGCUCUUAAAUAGAUGUGUUAUGCUCUUGAGUUAAAUGUAUACAUAAACGGUGCACAAUACAAAGCCAAAUUAAGCAACCACUAAACGGUAAAGAUUAAAAACCUUAAAAUGUAAGAAUAUUUAAGUAAUUUGCUAAAAAAAACUUAAAAAAAAAUCAGUUCAGAAAAACUAGCAUAUCGUUUUAGAAAGAUACUUAAGUUGCCUUAGCAGGCACACACACACACACACUUAUAAAUAAUAGCAGUAGCUAAAAUUUUCUCAAGUCCACUCAAAAGGGUGAAGUCUGUGACUUGGUGGCAAAUUACCACACGCUACUUUACUCAACCCCAGACUCACCACAUUUAACACGACGCCAGUCACCACACAGUGCACAAGCAGCGCUGCACAGUGGUGAAGCAAAAGUUUUGUGCGAGAAAUUCAAUUAACAGUCAAAGCGAGUAAGAAGUGAACACAACAACAAAGCAAUAAACAACCAACAAGCAAGCGAAAAACACUUACGAAGGUGAAGCAACAACACUUGUUGUUGUUACUGUAUAUUAAGCUACACGCAAUUAAAGUAAAGGCGCACAGCAACAAGUAAAAGCAAAAUGACCUUGCCGACAACAACAACAGUGAACGGUUGCGACGACGAUUCCGAUAUGUUUGGUCCGCCACGUUCCUCGCCCAUCGGCUAUCAUCAUCAUCGCUCGCGUGUGCCCAUGAUAUCGCCAAAGCUGCGUCAACGCGAAGAACGCAAACGCAUAUUGCAAUUGUGUGCGCACAAGUUAGAGCGGAUCAAGGAUUCGGAGACGAAUCUCCGCCGUAGCGUGUGCAUCAAUAAUACGUAUUGUCGUCUAACAGACGAGCUGCGACGGGAGAAGCAGUCACGCUAUCUGGCGAAUUUGCCGAGAUCUGAGGUCAAACCGGAGAGUGCACGCGAUAAUAUAUUUAAUCCAUACAAUAGCUGCGGCAUUGACAACUCCAAUCAUCAGCCAUCGAACAAAUCCGUCUGCAAUGAAAUCACCAGUUCUGCAUCCAACAACAAUUCUCUCAAUAAUUUACGCACUCACAGCAGCACGGAGCGCAGCAACUGCUGUGAACUGGUCUUCAACGGCGAUGAAAAUAAUCUUAACUGCAACAAUAGCAACAAACUACACUCGUCCACCAACGCCGAUAUUGAAAACUCGUCUCUCAUCGUCGACGUCAACAGCAGAAACAUCUCUAUUAACUCCACCGCCAUCACCUCACUUGCGACUGCCAACCAUACUACCGCCAACAAUGCCUCUUCCACCACUUGCACGCACAGUACCCACUUCAACGGCACCACUAACACCGCCACUGCUCAUUCGUCAUCUUCUUGCACCCCUGCCGGACACAGCACACACACACGAAAACGUCAACUCUGCAGCAGCAAUCUCGACAAUGACCUAGAAAUACUCGACCGUGAACUGAGCGCAAUCAAUGCACCAAUGCCACUCAUUGACCCAGAGAUCACACAGGGUGCUGAACAGCUCGAGAAAGCUAUCUCGUCCCGGAAGCGUUUGCGAAGCGAGGACGAAAGUGAUCGUUUAGUGCGCGAAGCACUCUCACAGUUCUACAUACCGCAGCAGCGUCUCAUUUCCGCCAUCGAAGAUUGCCCGCUGGACGUGGUGAGCGUUGGAAGCGGCAUGGGCGUCGGUGUCGGCUUGGGACUAGGCAUGGGUGUCGGAGUGGGCAUGGGUAUGGGGCCAAUAUCGCCGAGUAAACGUCAAAAGCUCGGUAAUGGCGCUAACGAGCUCGAGCUUGAGUUCGAUCUGAAUCAGAAUCAAAAGGAUUUUGAGGUAAUUAUGGACGCACUGCGUUUGGGCACGCCCAGUCCAACACCGAGUGUGGGCAGCGACUCCUGUGGCCAGGCGGCGAUGAUGAGUGAAUCGGCCAGUGUAUUCCACAAUCUGGUGGUCACCUCAUUGGAGACAUGAAAGUAUCAGUAAAUGACAGAAAACUGGCGAGUUACGCAGGAAUAGGAUUAAGAGUGCGUAAGUCAAAAAAAAAGAUUUGAGAAUAGGCGUUAGGCGUAGCGUACUAAAUCUUAAACAAAUAUAAAAAUUCGUACGCAGCACGCUGUCAGCCUUUUCACAUUGUUGAUUUAUGCGGGUUGAAUGCAAUUAUUGCAAAUAAAAAGCUUUUUUUUCGAACGCAUUGUUAAGUUUAGCAAAAUGUUUGCAAACCUAAAAUUGAAUAUUUAUGUUGGUUAAAGAACAUUCUUAAAUUUAAAAUGGCGUUAAAGUGGAAGCGGAAACGUACGUACAUAAUUUACACUAAAAAAUUUUGUCAAACACAAAAUAAGUGUGAACAUGUUUUGUUAUAACUAAAAUAGGCAAAGUAAAAAGCCCUUAAUUUUAAGAUUUAGCUUAAGACAUUUUCCACAAAUAUGAUUAAUUUUUAUGCAAGCAAAAAGGAUAACAAAAAGCAUAUACAAGUACAUAUACCAUAAAACAAAAAAUUAUACAACAUUAUAUACAUACGUACAUACAUACAUAUGUAUGUACAUAAGUUAGAUAUUAAGAAAACCUAAAUCAAAGAAAAUGUAGUCAAACAACAGACAGCCGGCAUACGUACUCAUAUAUUUAUGUAUGUUUGUAGCGUAAGCGAGUCAUGUGAGUAAAAUAUGUAGAGAUCACGAGCGUACAGUGAUUUAGCUAGUGAAGAGCAGAAAAUGUUUGUAUUUUACAACAGUUUUUCCAAAUUGCGCUUUGUAGUUUAAAAAUAAAAUCAAAACAGCUUAUCUGAAUUAAGACUAUGCUUUAAAUGGCAUAAUUGAGCAGCUUACAAGUUUCUUUUUGUUAGAGUAGACCUAGUAAUUUUGCCAAAAUACUUUCAAAGCUUAUAUAACCGUAAAGUAUAUUUCUGCGAAACGCAAAGAGAUGUCAGUUUGAUAGUCGAAAAAUAAACAAAGUAAUUUUUUUUAUCAAAAACAUGGUUUCACAUGACACACUGACUAUGGCAAUGGAAUUCAACGUAAUUUUGUAAAUGAAAACGCAAAAAUGAGAAACAUUUGCAACUAACAAGAACGUUUACAGUAACCCCAUUCAAAGGCAGAAGUGAUCUUUUGCCGUCAUUUGCCUCACGACCAAUGUUAUAGAAGAAACCUUUUUUCGUUAUUUGAUGUACAUAUGCGCCUUCUCUAUCAGAAAGUUUCCUUACGGAAACGGAAACAAAAUUAACAAAAAAUAUUACAAAUUAAAAAAGGCUGCAAAAAUUUCACUAAAGUGCAUAUAAAUAUGUACUCUUGUGCAAAUUAUUGCAUUAUUUAGUUUCCGAGAGCACUGUAUUUUUUCUUCUUUGUUUACAACUAUUAUUUUCAUUUAUUUAUUUUGUUAUUAUUAUUUUAUUGUUUUUGUUAUUUUAUAAUAUGUUCGUAAUUUUCCUACACACUUAUUCCAUUUUUAUUUUUAUCUUUAAUUUUAUAUGUUUACAAAUUACAGUAAGAAUUUGUUCUUUGACUGGCAACAAAUUUACAACGUUUUAGAAUAUUUCAUAACAAAAUUCGCCGUCAAUUCUUAAAAACCAACUCGUUUCAAGACUCCAAGUUAUACAUCUAUCUUCGAAACACGCAAAGAACUUUGAUGGCAAAGCAAAAGAAAUCCAUAAAUUUUCAUUUCAAAGUGCAAUUAAAAUUUUUUUAUAGAACAAAAAUUUAGAAAUACAAAUAAACGCAAAUUAUACACAAAAACGCCGUUAAGCCUAGACUUGCAAAUAAAAACAAAUAAAUAUUGUAAGCAAUUGUAAGCUGUUUUGUGUUAUUUGAAAUUGUUAAUAGAAAAAUGGCAUGUAUUGUUGUAAUAUUUUGAAGAAAAAAAUUAGAUUUGUAAUAAAAAUUGCAGAAAAACGG